UGAGAGAACGCUCAACCUUGGUGGAGACGCACGAGUGGAAACCGUCAGCGUAACCUUGCUUUCAUAACUUAUCAAUUUUAAUAGUGACUCUGUGCGCUCUUAUUUUGUAAAAGAGUAAAAAUUUAGCUGCUACUGAAACAGCAAAAUAUUAUUUGAAAAUAGUAGCGAUGUUCUGCGCUUAACCGCAUAAAAUAUUAUUUCUCAGCCGCUAAGGUUGGUUACGCUUUCUUCCUAAGGCAGCCUUUGAAUUUAGCUGCCUUAAAAUGGCUUACCUUCGCCAUCGUCUCAGGCUGCUAAUAAUACUGGAAAUAUUUUAUUUGGGACUAGCUGCGUCCGCCCCGCUGACCAAUCGCCCUUACAAUAUCACGUAUCCGUUGACGGAACCGGUGAUAAAAGACGAUGGAUCGGUGGAAUAUAAACUGGCUAUUAUUUCCGAUCAGGAUAUGUUGUCCAAACACACAACCGGUGCAUCCACAUGGCUAAGUUACCUGAAGAUGGGAAAAUUAAUUAUAAGAGCAGACUGGACACAAGCUGAUAUUGUUUGGGAUGCCAGCAAGCCCAACAACACCCAGGCAGAACACACUGUGGCUUCCGACACAUUCAGUGGCGCUGGACAAAUAAUACUGUCACAGUUUGCUUUUGGAAAUCGUGGAAUGGAACUUUCUGAUAUUGUGGUGUUCGAUGGGAGGUUAUUUGCUUGUGAAGAUCGCACGGGAAUAAUAUUUGAAAUUGUCGACAACCAGGUGGUUCCAUGGGUCAUCCUUGCCGACGGAAAUGGAAGAAAGCAAAAGGGUUUCAAAUGCGAGUGGUCAAUCGUGAAGGACGAGCAUUUAUUCGUGGGUAGCCAUAGCGCGGAUAUCAAAAUUCCUAAUCCUGGUGGACCAUCGGUCGAAGCCAACCAGCGAUGGGUUAAAAAAGUUUCCAAAGAUGGAUUUGUGGAGCAUCUAGAUUGGAAUACCCAGUACGCAGCCAUCGAAAAGGAGCUAGGUAUUAAACCACCGGGUUAUAUAAUGCACGAAGCAGUGCUGUGGUCGCAAAUACGGCAACACUGGCAUUUUCUUCCUCGACAAAUCAGUCCGGAGAAUUUCACCGAAGAAAGACAUCCUUACACCUGCUCUAAUGUGAUGCUGUCGAUUAAUGCCGAUUACACGCAGUUUCAGAAGCUGAAUAUUGGUGAACACAAUCCUUUAUACGGUUUUUCGGCAGCACGAUUCGUUCCAGGGACUGACGACAAUGUUAUUGUUGCACUGCGAAUCAUGGAAGUGGGUGACACUUUCACUACUCGCAUUAUUGUUUUUACCAUUAACGGUAACAUAUUAAUGGAAGAAGAGCUGGUGUUAGAUGGUUUAAAAUACGAAGGAAUAGAAUUUGUAUGAUCAUAUGGAUCAGUUUUGUGAUUUCUAGUCAAUCUUAAAAAACAAAUUUUUAUGUAUACAAGGA